AUGAAGCUAUCCGCCUCUCAGGAUGGGCCUGCCCCCGUUGUGACAGCCUCCCCCGACGACUUUCUGGCCUACACAAAUGCCAACACUCUCUUUGACAGCCACGAGAUCCGCGAGUAUCCGAGAAAUGUCCUCGACGGAAUGUUUGACUCGCUCUUGCACCUGCGCCAAUCCACCUGCGACGACGGCCAAGCGCCCUGCGGCACUGGCUGCAUGCCCGAGAACGCAGACUGCUGUAGCGGCAAAUCAUACUGCAACGAGGGCACCGAAUGCUCGGGAUCAGGCCGUUGCAGGACGACCUCGAGCUCUAAGACGACCAGCACUACCUCUUCUAAGUCUUCUUCGUCAACCAAGACUACCUCGACCACCUCAACCACCUCGAGUUCCUCUAAGACUACAUCGACCAGCACCACGUCGUCAAAGACGACCUCCUCUACAUCAACAACCUCAAGCAAAUCCUCAAGCACCAGCUCGAAAACCACCUCAUCCUCUUCGUCAUCUUCCACAGAGGAGAGUACCACCACUAGCUCCACCUCAUCCGAAGAGUCGACCUCCGCAUCAUCAACAGACAGCACUACUGCGUCGACAACGACUGAUGAUGACAGCUCAACCACGCUAUCAGAUUCCAUCGCCCAGAUCAUCCGGACUGCCGUGCCCUCUGCGGCCCAGACCGACCCGGAGUCUGCCUGCUUCCUCGCAACCCAGUACACAUCCUACUACACCACCCCGGACUGGUACAAGUCCAUGCCGGGCAAUGCCCAGAGCUACUACUCAUCCUCGGCCAACAUCCAGGCCUCCAGGACCUCGUUCUGCACCGCCACAGCCCUCGCAGGCUCCGACGGCAGUAGCAGCAGCGAGAGCAAGUCGGGUGCGCCGCCCGGCACCAUCGCCGGCGCCAUUGUCGGCUCGCUCGUCGGUCUGGCCCUGCUCGCCGUCCUCAUCUUCUGGCUCAUCAGGUCCGGCAAGAUCAAGAGCCCCUUUGCUCGGGAUCUGAGCGCCGAGGAGGACCCCGUCAUGGCCUUCCGAGGACCGCUCGACGGGGCCGGUUCCUCAGCCCCCAUGCAGCAAUCCGCCUACCUCCCACUCGUUGCUACCCCCGCCGCCGCAGCCGUGCCCGCAGCCGCAGCCCGCCACCCGUCUCAGUCCUACCGAAGCGUCUCGCCCGAGAGCUUCGUGAGGUCUAGCCAGCAGGGUCCCAUGAACUUCCCCGUCCCUCCCUCGCUGGCUGCCGCCGCCGGUGUUCCAUACCAGAAGCGCAUGAGCAGCUACGACGGGAGCAGCAGCGACAGGCAGUACCAGCCGUGGCCGGGCCACACGCCGACUGUCUCCAUGUCAGGGGACACUCUGAACAGAGGCUCGGUGGCCAGCCAGUCCGUCUUCAACCCGCCCGCGGCAUACGGCUCAGCAUACGGCGCGGCGUACCUUCCAAAGGAGCCUGAGUCUGAAGUCAUCCCCAGCCCAUCACCCGAGCCGGUAGCCCAGAUUGAACUACCACCGCCAUCACCGCCGAUUGUGGCCGCCGUGGCGCCCCAGCUGCCGGCCCUACAUCUACCGUCAGAUUCAGCUGCUGAGGUGCCGCCGCCGCCGGGGCCGCCGCCUGCGUCUGCAGAGAGGGUGCAUGAGAUGGAGGCUGCCCAGCCGCCUGUCAGUCCACCACCCGCAGUCACUAGAAAGGCAGUUCCCAGCCCAGCCCCGAGGCUGGAUUAG